AUGAAAAAAUAUAAUUUUGACAUUACUUACUUUGUGUCGACGAAUGGUGAUAUAGUCCUUAAAGAUGAUCUUGAUAAAUGGAUAGAAUCGUGUCCUAAAAACUUUUAUGAAACUUCACAAGUUAUUAGCAAAGAUUAUUUAUUUCCUAUAUAUGAAAUAUUUGAGGAGUUAAUAAUUCAAAAGCAUAUUAAAUCAGUUAUAGUCAAAUGUUAUCGCAUAAAAUUUGCCAAACCCUUGGAUAAUAGUUACUAUCAAAUUUUUGGAAAUGUUGUUGAAUGCAGUGAAAAACAACAACAGAUUAAAGAUGUUAUUGUGAAAUUCAAAUCGAAAA